CUGCAGGUGGCGCUGUGGCUCAUCGGCAGCUCACGGAGGAGAAGGGAAGAUGGCCAGCCAGGAGGACCCGGUGCAGAGGGAGAUCCACCAGGACUGGGCCAACCGGGAGUACAUCGAGGUGAUCACCAGCAGCAUCAAGAAGAUCGCCGACUUCCUCAACUCGUUUGACAUGUCCUGCCGCUCACGAUUGGCGACGCUGAACGAGAAGCUGACGGCGCUGGAGAGACGGAUCGAGUACAUCGAGGCGCGGGUCACUAAAGGAGAAACGCUGACCUAGAGGCCACGCCCCCGCUCGUUAUAUUUUAUAUACAGAUAUUCGCUAUGGACUCCUUCCCCCAUCAUCUGCGUUUACAGCUUGUCACCUGAUCAUUCCUUCAUUUUAUUGGUCGACAGAAGCCAUGUGACACAGUUCCUCGCCCAGAUGGUGGCGAUGGCCGUUGUGCCAAUGAUCUGCGUUUCCUGAUUAUUUUCUUUUUUUCUUUUGUAUCGAUGUUUCUGUAACUUUAAUCUAAAUAAACAGAACCAAUCACA